UUCACUGCGUGUGGAAAUGAAAGCUUUCUUACUCUGUGGACAGACUUAAACAGUCAAAAUAGUCCCACAAGGAUCCACCAUUUCUGCGUUUCUUACACACUACCUCUCUCUCUCUCAUCCUGAGGGAGAAACUUCAUACUUGAUUGAACCCACAAUGCUCUUCUCCUUCAUCCCUUUCUUCUUCCUCCUCUGCAACACCCCCUUCUUGACCUCCAACCCCAUUAUUCCCCUCCACCACAAUCGUCGGAUACUCCACCAACCCUUUUAUCCUCUUGACUCCUUCCCUCCAACCCCAUCCCCAUCUUCCUCUCCCCCUCCUCAACAUCCCAAAUUCCCCUUCUCUUCUGGUUCCAACAACCAACCAUUCUUCCCGUCUUACCCUUCUCCCCCUCCCCCUCCCCCUCCCAUUCCUUCCUCCGUCACAUUCCCUGCUAACAUCUCCUCUCUCAUCUUCCCCCAAUCCCCUCACCACAAACCUUUCUCUCCAAAACUAGUAAUACUCACUGUGAUCCUCUCUCUCGUCACCAUCUCCUUCAUUGUCGCAUUUGCCGUUCUCGUCUACUGCAGAAGACACAACAGCAGCAGUGGCAGCAGUUUUACCAAUGGCAAGACCUCCAGAUCCGACAGCCACCGCUUGUUUCCGGCGAACAGAGCCCCUUCUGACUCCCACCAUCAUAGGGUCCGUGGCAUCUCUGCAACCAGCUCUGAGUUUCUCUAUCUGGGUACUCUUGUAAACACUCGUCGAGUCGAUAGUGAUGGUGAUGGUGAUGGUGAUGGUGAUAGUGAUGGAUCCAGUGCGGGUGCCGGAGCUCCGCUGAAGCUGGGCUCCCCUGAGCUCCUCCCGCUACCACCGCUGUCAAGGCAUAAUUUCAGUCACAGUUUUGAAAAUGUUAGAGAGGGUUCGUCGGAAAAUGAGGAAGAAGAAGAGUUUUACUCGCCGAGAGGCUCUGUUGGUAGUAAGGACUGCUCAGCUGUUACUGGAUCGAGCUCAAGAAGAAUGUUUCAAGGUGUGGUUGCAGAGAAUUUUGAAAGCAGGAGCUCGUACUCGAGUACUCCCUCUUACCCUUCUUCGAAUUUGGCAUCUGGGAGUCCUCCUUCUCCGCCGGUUAGCAUCAGCUCAAGAAGCUCAAAGUCAAAAUCUCCAGAAUUUGUGACCAAGUUGCCUCCUCCACAACCUCCACUGCCGCCUCCGCGUUCAUUGACUCCGUCGCCAUCGUCUUCCGGGGAAGGUUCGGAGAUCAUGAGUUUACCUGGAAGAAAUUCUUUGGAGAAGAUCACAGUGUCUCCUGCAAGAAGUUCGUCGGAGAAGAACCCAAAUUCGCCGGCAAGAAGCACAGUGGACAUGAACUCACUGUCGCCGGCGAGGAAUUCGGACGUUUCGCAGCAAAAGCAACAAUCGCCAGAGAGGAAUUUGGAUACUCGUCAGCAGAAUCUGCAAUGUCCGGCAAAAAUAGGCAAUGUUUCCAGGCAGCCCGCAUCUGUACCACCACCUCCGCCGCCGCCUCCUCCACAUAGAUUCUGGGUUGCCCCCAUUCAUGCUCAGCCGAUCUGUGAACCCGUUGGUAUGCCUCCAGAGCUUGGUGUUCCUUUCAGAGUUGUAGGGUUGCAGAUGCCUAAUGCAUGUUCUCCAGAUGAAUUGACACAUAAUUUAGAUUCUGUGGAAAAAAAUGAGGAAACUCCAAAACCAAAAUUGAAGCCUUUGCACUGGGACAAGGUCCGAGCGAGCUCUGAUCGUGCCAUGGUGUGGGAUCAGCUGAAAUCGAGUUCCUUUCAAUUGAAUGAAGAGAUGAUUGAGACACUGUUUGUUGUAAACGCCACAAACUUGACCUCGAAGGAGUUGACUCGGCCUCAAGCUUCUCCCUUGCCAAACCAAGAGAAUAGGGUACUUGAUCCGAAGAAGUCUCAGAAUAUUGCAAUCUUGCUGAGGGCACUCAAUGUGACUGUAGAAGAAGUCUGUGAAGCCCUUUGGGAAGGUAGUGCCGAUACCUUGGGGACAGAACUUCUUGAAAGUCUAUUGAAGAUGGCUCCAACCAAAGAGGAAGAAUGUAAAUUGAAAGAGUACAAAGAUGAUUCACCAUACAAACUUGGCCCUGCAGAAAAAUUUCUUAAGGCAGUGCUUGAUAUUCCUUUUGCGUUCAAGAGAGUGGAUGCAAUACUUUAUAUAGCCAAUUUUGAUCCAGAGGUUGAGUACUUAAAGAAGUCAUUUGAAACUUUGGAGGCAGCAUGUGAAGAAUUGAGGAACAGCCGGAUGUUUUUAAAGCUUCUAGAAGCUGUUCUUAAGACUGGAAACCGUAUGAAUGUCGGGACCAAUCGUGGGGAUGCCCAUGCCUUCAAACUUGACACUCUCCUUAAGCUUGUUGAUGUAAAGGGUACUGAUGGGAAGACCACACUAUUGCAUUUUGUUGUACAGGAAAUCAUAAGAGCUGAAGGCUCUCGUCUUUCUGCUGCAAAUCAAAGUCAGACUCCUGGAAACCCCCAGCAGCCCACUUUUCAGGAGGAUGUUGAAUUAAGGAAGCUUGGCCUGCAGGUUGUUGCCAGCCUCAGUGGGGAGUUAACCAAUGUGAAAAAAGCUGCUGCAAUGGAUUCUGAGGUGCUUAGCAGUGAUAUCUCGAAGCUUGCUAGGGGGUCUGGGAAUAUUAGUGAGGUUAUCAGAUUGAAUAAAGCCAUGGGAUUGGAGGAUAUCCAUUGCAGAUUCUCUGAAUCAAUGAAAUCAUUCUUGAAAAGGGCUGAGGAGGAUAUCAUGCAGGUACAAGCCCAAGAGAGUGUUGCUCUCUCAUUGGUAAAAGAGAUUACCGAGUAUUUCCAUGGGAAUUCAGCGAAGGAAGAAGCCCAUCCCUUCAGGAUAUUUAUGGUGGUGAGGGACUUCCUGUCCAUUCUUGAUCAGGUCUGCAAGGAAGUCAGGAAGAUCAAUGAUAGAACAAUAGUGAGUUCAGCCCGACAAUUUCCAGUACCAGUAAAUCCGAUGAUGCAGAAAGUUUUUCCUGGAUUUAAUGCUCGUCAACGGUGCAGUUCCUCUGACGAUGAGAAUUCAUCAACAUCAGAGCAUUAGAAUACUGUAUAACUUUCAUUCCCACAAAUAACUAAAACCACUGGUGGACACAGAAGAGCUCGAGUCUCUGGCUACCGCUGGAUGUUUAAACUAAGAUCACUUUACUGCACUUGUAGUAGCCCAGGUAAAAGUUUUUGGAAUUGUUUCACCCUGUCUGUAAUAUACAGAAGAAAUUAUCUCUGGGAAGAAUAAGGCGGUUUCAAUUGA